UUGCACUCUUGGCCAUGGUCUUUGAUCUUCUUUGACAUUCACCCACCCCGACACACAUACAUACACACACACACAUAUAGUAAUAGUUACACACUGACUGGACUGCUACUACUGCACUGCAUUUUUCCAUCUCUCUCACUCUCUCUCACACACAACCAUGACAACAACAAUAGCAAAGCAAUACACGCGCCUCCUCACUCUCUGGCCAAAGGACGCCCUGCGCCCAAACCUGCCCUUCACCCGCGCAAUCGAGCACCACGGCCAGCCUUUCGGUGUGCAGCCCAUCACUCCUCCCUCCGAUGACGCCCCCAAGCCACAGUCGCGAGCAGCCUCAGCCUCAGCCACAGCUCCAGCCACUCCUCCACCCCCACCAAACCCCAAACUCGAGCAGGCCCAAGUAAACGCCCUCUACUCGUUGCUCGAGAACAGAUACACCACAAAAUAUGCCCUGUCGCCGGCCAUGUUCAAGCCCACGUCCGCUCCCGAUCACUACACGAAGUUGAUGGAAGAAAUCGACCGCGCCCCCAACAAGACGUGGUGGCAGUCCAAGGUCGACCAGUGGAAGAACAAGAUUCGAUGGUCAUGAGAGAAACAAGCAGUGACUGUAUUGCCAUACUGUACAACAAUACAAGAGACGGAAGAGGUGCUGGCCUGGCUACGGUCACGGCUAAAGUUGGUCGACAUCUCUUCCCCACUUACCUUCACCUUUACCUUCGCUCUCGUUUUCCCUGGACCCGGACUUGGCUCAUUCCUGCAUUGAUUUUCUCCUAUUCUUGCUCAACCUUUGCCAUCACCAGCCGAUCGCCUCUUGCAACUGGCUGUAUGACACGACUCUCCCCACCAUGAUCAGCCAAGACCCGGAACCAGACUCAAACAUGGAAGUAAGCAUGGAUACCGAGUACCACCUCCUUAGUAAUUGUUACGUAAUAGGCGAAAGAAUCAUGGACAAUGGUUUCAAGAACGCUGUUGUAGAUGCUCUCGUCGAGGCGAGACCCAUCGGUAACACUGGCAAUCGUCGGAAACCAAGCGUCAGUACACUCACCAUCAUAUACACGA